GGCCCGGGCGGCGGCGGUUCGCCCCCGCGCUACGCCACGCUGGAGCACCCGUUCCACUGCCCGCGUGUCCUCAAGGCUCCGUCCUAUCUCAGCUACAAAUUCCUCGGCGAGCGCGACUGCGCGGCACCCUGCGAGCCGGCCCGGCCCGAUGGCUCCAUGUUCUUCUCGCAGGAGGAGACACGCUUUGCGCGUCUGUGGAUCCUCACCUGGUCGGUGUUGUGCUGCGCUUCCACCUUCUUCACCGUCACCACGUACCUGGUGGACAUGCAGCGCUUCCGCUACCCCGAGCGGCCCAUCAUCUUUCUGUCCGGCUGCUAUACUAUGGUGUCGGUAGCCUACAUCGCCGGUUUCGUGCUUCAGGAGCGCGUAGUGUGCAACGAGCGCUUCUCCGAGGACGGCUAUCGCACGGUGGUGCAGGGCACCAAGAAGGAGGGCUGCACCAUCCUCUUCAUGAUGCUCUACUUCUUCAGCAUGGCCAGUUCCAUCUGGUGGGUCAUCCUGUCGCUCACCUGGUUCCUGGCGGCGGGCAUGAAGUGGGGCCACGAGGCCAUCGAGGCCAACUCGCAGUACUUCCACCUGGCCGCGUGGGCCGUGCCCGCUGUCAAGACCAUCACCAUCCUGGCCAUGGGCCAGAUCGACGGCGACCUGUUGAGCGGCGUGUGCUUCGUGGGCCUCAACAGCCUGGACCCGCUGCGGGGCUUCGUGCUGGCGCCGCUCUUCGUAUACCUGUUCAUAGGCACGUCCUUCCUCCUGGCCGGUUUCGUGUCCCUCUUCCGCAUCCGUACCAUCAUGAAGCACGACGGCACCAAGACAGAGAAGCUGGAGCGGCUCAUGGUGCGCAUCGGCGUCUUCUCGGUGCUCUACACCGUGCCCGCCACCAUCGUCAUCGCCUGCUACUUCUACGAGCAGGCCUUCCGAGAGCACUGGGAGCGCUCGUGGGUGAGCCAGCACUGCAAGAGCCUGGCCAUCCCGUGCCCGGCGCACUACACGCCGCGCAUGUCGCCCGACUUCACAGUCUACAUGAUCAAAUACCUCAUGACGCUCAUCGUGGGCAUCACGUCGGGCUUCUGGAUCUGGUCCGGUAAGACGCUGCACUCGUGGAGGAAGUUCUACACGCGUCUCACCAACAGCCGGCACGGCGAGACCACCGUGUGAGCGGGCGCCCCUGCGCGGCGUCCCCAGCCGGGGCCCCCGCACUGCGCUCUCUGCCCGGGGUGGGGGGUUCCUACAGACUCCUUAUUUUAUUUUUUUAAAUAAAGAACGAUCGAAACCAUUUCUUUUUCAGGUCGCUUUUUAAAGGGAACUCUGCCCAACUUCCCCAUCAGGUUUGUAAUUAAAACUGUAAAUAGUCUUUGUAAAUUUAAUUAUAUAUUUUCUAUUUAAAACAAAAAGAAAAAAAAAGUGGAGAGGGGCGCCAGGGCUGAGGAAUGGGGGAAGGGGAGUAGAGGGGGUUCUUCCCUUUAGAGCCCUUUCAAACACCACCCCCCUACUUCGGUUCGAAUAUUUUGGUGAUUUGACAGGGCUAGGUCUGCUGGAAGAGGUGUUGGCUGUGAGGAGUUGGGAGUUACCGUCAACUUCUAUAGCCACAUUUUUGAGCCUUCUCACUGACGCUGGGCCUGUCGAAGCUGUUGGAUAUUUUUUAACAAGACUUGGAUUCAUUUUGUUUCAUUUUGUUUUAUUUCCCUUUCCCCUCUUCUCUCCUCACUUGUCCUGUCUCCUUCACUCGAUCUUUGGAAACCUCCCAACGGAGAUGAAGACGUGGGGGG